ACUACUGCGCUUCGCAGUACCUCUUAGCCACCCACCAUUAUAGAGAAGUAGGAGAUUUGGCUAAUUUUGGUCAAAGACAGAAGGAGACCGUGGAUGACCUUUGGAUGGUAACGAGCUUUGGAGAAAUUUUGGAGGAUGUAGUGGCGAGACGCGAAGCCGAAGACAAAAACGGACAUCUGGAACAACUACCCCAAGAAUUAGACAAGAGUCCGAGUUCUUGUUACGAGGUUCUCAAGCGUGAUGGCUGGGCGUGGCUGUCGAGAAACGUAUUUGGCGAAGAAGAUCAAAACGCAAGGGUAGAUACUUCUAGGUGUAAUACAUCAACAGCACUUCUUGCCGACUUCGAAGCAGACGCAGAUACCCUCGUCGCACUGAAGCGUCUAUCACGGGACUCACUCAGUCGUUGCUUCUAUUCAAGUGUACUUACACACCAGAAAAGGAGCAAAGUCGGAAGAAGCUUUGUGGACACGAGUGGCCUAGAGUUUGCCACACAGGCUGACGACGCAAGUCGCAUGGUUAAGCUUGCGAAUAUCACAGAUAGUAGGGUCCCUCGAUCUACUGCUUCAGGAGUGCAGGACGAGUCUUCAAAUAAAGAAGUUCCAGCUAGCAAACGCCAAAGACUCUCUGACGUAGAUGGUAAGCGCCCGUCAUCAUCUUCAUCAAGCAGUAAGAUGGAUUGCAGUGGUACAACUGGCGAUGGUGGAAAAUUAGCAAGCAAGGCAAAGGGAGAAGAUGAAGAAGAGCAUCCACAAGAUGCUUUUUCAGAUCUAUCUUUAUGGACUUACACCUACGCUAUGCGCAAACUCUACUACGGCACACGGUUUCGCUCUGCGUUAUACAACAGCGUGACUUUGCUCGAUCCUCUGAGCCUGCUCCAGGGUCAGCGGACUGUGCUGAUGCCCCAUCUCACUGAGGAUGUCCAAGCCACGCAUUUUUCUCUUAGGCGGCGUGUCAAUCUGUUGAGAAAGAUCAUGAUACGGGAGGAGCAUCAACUCGGAGAUAAGCACCAGAAUCCUAAAGGUACCAUCGUAGCGGAUACUAAGUACGGACCUAAUCGUCUUUCUCCUGGUGUCAUAGGUGGUGUCCGCUGGAGCCAGGCUUUAGAGAGCAUCCAUGAAGAGUGGCCGACGGUCUUUCGAGGGACAAGGGCUAGGCCAGAAUGGAUGCGCUUGGAGUACAAGAGGAAGAAUGUUACCAACAAAAGAGGUCGAAGCGAUUAUGACGGGGAUAAUUGCGAUUAUGACUUAAAUGCCGACGUGGUCGAGGACGACGAGAAAUUGGAGCUGGCUGAGCAAGGAGAUCUGUUUAACGACGACCCCAAGGUUGAUGAAGCGAACGCACCAGAGCAGAGCAAAGUUUGUGGCACCGGUGCACGAGCAGAGGUAGAUGCCAUAGCUGCAUCUGGUAUGUCUGAGGAAUCUUUGGCCACGUACGAUCGAGUCGACAUCCGAACGCCACUGCUGAACUCCCGGUUCCGCGUGUACCUGCAAGAAAAUACGCCUAAACACUUGCGGAAGGGGAAGAACAUGGAGAACAGACUCUUCCGGAUGGAAUUAGGAGGUGGAGCAGAUGCGGCAGAGGGAGCUGCAGAUCUCGUUGCCAAGGAAGAUGCUGCACGAACAGAGGGAGAUCAUGCACAACAAGAUGCGUCCUCUGCAUCAAACGGAGAGGACAUCCUCAUCCGUCUAAGCGUCUACAGUUCAGAAACUGGUUCUGCGCAGAAACUGGAAACAAGUAUCGACGUCCUAGGAUCCACUUUACUUGUGGAAUUUUCUGAACUUCUAUUAGACAGCUCGCAUCGUGCGUCGAAUCGUUCUUACUGCGUAGACCAGUUCCGGGAUACGGAGACCUGUUUACUGGUUGGCGAUACCAUCUACGCAUCAGUGCUUCCAGGUACGGGAGAGCAUACAGAAGAAACCGACGUUGCGAUGGAAGAGGAGGAAGAAGGUAUUCAAUAUUUUGACUUUAGACCAAUUGUGCCACUCGUGUCUUCUUUUCCUUCGGAAAAUUGCUCACAGCAAAUCUUGAUAGUAGUUGUGUACAUUUCGACAUUCAACUCACCACAAAAAUUGAUUAUAAAUUCUAAAACUUAAAACUUCAGGUCGCAACGGCGUUGUGGAGCCGGAGGUUUGUCAUUUGUCGGAGCUAAUUAAAGAGUGGUGGUCUGCUCGGUCGCAGGAGUCAACCGAUGUCGAUCAACUGACCGGAACCUCUGUACCAGCAAAUGAAAAUGUUUCGGGUUGUUCAUCGACUUCUAGUUCUAUGGCUUGCACCCCAAGAGCAGAGGAGGAAGCCACGUCCUCUUCCUCCCCUCAUACGGAGCCUCACAAGGAGCCUCGUGUAGUACCGAAGUGGGGUUUACGGUUCAAGGAUAUUUUUGGAGAAAACUUCGCUGUCGGCAGCAAACAGCCCAUGCUUUUUCAUAGCAACACGGAGAAGCGACCCAGAGUCGUCGUGGUGGAAAACGUCAUGUGGUUCCGAAAGGACGUCUUACAUUUCCCUGGACCUUAUCCGCGCAUCGUGGUCAGAUCAAGAAAGAUCACGGAACGAUGCGACGCAUGUCUGCUUAGGUCUGCAGAAGCAGUGGUCAGGAAUCUGAAGUUUUCAACCACCCACCACGCCUACUGUCGCAUGUGCUGGUCUUGUUUGGUGCUGUUGUGCAGUGAUUCGGCUAGGGAGGACGUAGACGAAGACGAAAAACCGGAGAACAGCAUUCUGGGAAGGUUGAAUCCGAGGUUGACGGGUGAUAAAGCAAAGCUGUUCAUGAUCAAUCAAGCGCAAAUGCAUGAAUGGUGAUCAACUUUAUUGACGCAUUACUAGUACCAGUGUGAUCGUGAACAUUUGUAUUCAAACAUUACUCUGCUGUGUGUGAAACGAAACUUGCCCCUGUGGGUGGCCAGAAACUUUUUCUGAAAUCUCCAAAUACAAGUCGUUGUACCAGUUAGAUCACUUUUUAAUAGAAGUCACUUAUAUUUCGUCUUAUUCUUAUCCUCGAUUUAUUGCUAUAAUCGCUAUCCAAAUCAGAUGUUGUAUGGGUUUUUCUUUUACGCGCGUUGUAAGACCGCGAGGAUCAUGACGACAGGAAGAGGUCUUACUUGAUGAACUAGGAAUGAUGAUCGUGAUGAAGAACUACUUACUUAUGUAAACAGGCGGAUCUACUCAAACGAAUGACGCGAGUCUUCUCAUGAAAAAGCACCAGCAUCUUCUUUUGAAGAUGACCCAUGAACAGAAGCUGAAUUCAACUUACAACAACUACCCUCGUAUAAGGAAAUCAUACAGCCAGCUGCGUGUAUGACAUUGACAGAUCCCUCAUCA